UGGCUAGUAGAGGCCAGCGGGUAGGUACCCACAAUACGUCGGGCAUACAGAAGACUCCACUUAAGUUACAUCAACAGGCUACCUCUUAAUGUCUGGGAGCUUGCUUCCACCAUACCGCAACCUCCCGACCCCUAACCAAUGUCCAAUGUUCACAUUCGUCAUCCAUCGCUGCGCAGACUAUUCCGCCAAUAUCACAGCAGCGAGGCUCCCGAGAACUCAGCCCGAUCGACUUUGAUACGCAUCAUAGUUCAAACCUAGCUUGUGCGUCGCGCGAUUCGUGGCAACCAUCUACACGAUGAUGGGAGGUUGGUGGUCGUCCUCGGCCAACAGCGCCCUGGACGAGCAGAUUGACAAGGCGACCGGCAGUAGCCUUGAAGAUAUCCCUCUCAACCUUGAAAUAUCUGAUGUCAUACGUUCAAAGACAGUGCAGCCGAAGGAAGCCAUGCGCUCGCUCAAGCGUCGCAUAGGCAACAAGAACCCCAAUACUCAGCUUAGCGCCUUGAAUCUAACCGACACGUGUGUUAAGAAUGGUGGCUCACACUUCCUUGUCGAGAUUGCAUCCCGGGAAUUCAUGGACAAUCUUGUCUCUCUCCUCCAUGCUGUUGGUCCCGCGGCCGUGAACCAAGACGUCCGAACCAAGAUGCUAGAGUUAAUUCAAUCGUGGGCCGCCGCAACUGAGGGCCGCUUCGAUUUACAAUACAUCAAUGAAGUCUAUCGAUCGUUGCAGAAGGAAGGCUACCAAUUCCCUCCUAAAGUAACUGUGUCGAGCAGUAUGAUUGACAGUAGCGCCCCCCCUGAAUGGACUGAUUCUGACGUGUGUAUGCGAUGUCGGACCCCGUUUACCUUCACCAACCGCAAACACCAUUGUCGUAACUGUGGAAAUUGUUUUGACCAACAGUGUUCCGCUAAAACUCUUGCGUUGCCUCACUUGGGGAUCAUGCAAGCUGUUCGAGUCGAUGAUGGCUGUUAUGCUAGGCUGACGGAUAGGUCCACCAAAGGAGCUCCUCCGGUAGACAUUGUUUCCCCUACGGCCUCAUCCUUCCCUCAUAAGAACCGGAGCACAUCAACUAUGCAGCCACGGAACGCUCGAGUCGAUGAUGCAUUUGACGAGGAUCUAAAAAAGGCACUUGCAAUGAGUCUUGAGGAGGUUCAGACUCAUUCGCGGGGAUACGUACCCCCUACCGACAAUAAACCAUCAGCUUUCCAGUCCAGCACCAAAGCGCCGACAUCGUCCGCGGAAGCUGAGCAAGAGGAUGAGGAUCUGAAGGCCGCCAUAGCUGCAUCGCUGGCUGACAUGGAAGAACAGAAACAGCGACAUGCCGCUGCCCUGAAACAACAAACAAACAGUUCAAAUAGUGUUACGGCCACAAAUUUCACCCUCCCCAAAAACGACUACGAACUCAGUCCGGUAGAAGCGGAAAAUAUCAACUUAUUUGCAACUCUAGUGGAUAGAUUACAGACACAACCCCCAGGUACCAUUCUAAGGGAGCCUCAGAUACAAGAACUUUAUGACUCGAUUGGGACACUAAGACCUAAACUUGCGCGAACUUACGGAGAAACAAUGAGCAAACAUGACACAUUAUUAGAUCUUCACUCCAAGCUCUCAACCGUCGUGCGGUAUUAUGACAGGAUGCUAGAGGAGCGCCUCUCCAAGGCUUAUAGCCAACACAGUCUUGGUGGCUACAACGCUCCUAGCUUAAGAAAGGCGCCCAACCCUUACCCGGCCGUGGGCCCUGGUCCUACCCCUGGUGGCCCUGCGGCAGGAGCAGAGACUUUCUAUACCGGUGAACAGACCCAGAACUUUGGCCACCAAGCCUCAGCUCAGGAUUAUACGCAACAACCACAGCCACAAUACGCGAACUAUGACAAACGCUCAUCAGUUUCUAUGCCCUCUACCACUCAAUAUCCGCCACAUACAAUGCAACGCAAUGAAAGCUAUCACAAACAGGCACCAUCAGCUCCCAUGCAAUAUCCCACCCAGCCAAACUUUAUCCCACCAGAACAUACAUCUACACCCGCACAGUCUAACCAAUUGCCCCAACCCUCACCUCAAACACCACAUAAUCAAACUCGUGAAUCAGCAGCGACAACAUCAGCGGACUCCACUGCAGCAUACUAUUACAACACGUUACCGGCUGACGGGCGCACACCAACCACAUCUUUGGAGACCACACAGUCGCCUUACCCCAACUUGCAUCAAACAUCGAACUUCAACAGGCAAUCCGUCCCUCCGACGCCUGCCUCCGUUAGUAUACAGCCAGCUCAGCCACCCUCCCAACCACCUCAGCAACCUCAACAAUAUCAACAGGUAGCUCAGCCUAGUUCUCAUAGUUAUUGGCAACAGCAACAACAACAACAGCAGCAGCAGCAGCAGCAGCCUGCUGCUCAGUUUAGCCAUGCUUAUCAGACAAGCAUACCUGGUUAUACAGGGUUUAAUCAAGACCCUUUUCCAUCGGCUCCGCACCAUACACCUCAACAGCCUACCGUAGAAGAAAGCUUGAUUGAUCUAUAGGGGGUGCAAAUAUCUCCACUAAUCCUUUUUUAGAACCGUUGCUUUCUUCCAUUGUAAGUUAUGGUUUCGGGAACUGUCACGAUAGGUACGCCAUGAAAGCGGGGAUUC